UCAGAGGCGGGGUUCCGCAGUCGCCCGGACAUGGCGGAUGGUGGAGGCUGGCGGCCGCCGCGCCCCUGCGAAGUCUACCGCGCGGAGUGGAAGCUCUGCCGCAGCGCCAGACACUUCCUGCACCACUACUACGUCCACGGCGAACGGCCGGCCUGCGAGCAGUGGCGGCGCGACCUGGCCAGCUGCCGGGAGUGGGAGGAGCGCCGGAGCGCGGAGGCCCAGCAGUCCCUCUGUGAGAGCGAGCGUGCAAGAGUCCAGGCUACACGGAAGCACGCCCUGGUGUGGGCCCUGAGGCAGAGCCCUCCUGCAGACUGGCACCUCCCUCUACCACAAGAGGAGAAAGACCAGUGAUGAGCACUCCGGAACAGCUUCCUCUCAUCUGUUUCAAGUGGGGCUGUCGCCCUAAGGACAGUGACCGGCUCAGUCUAGGACCACUUCUUCAGAAGCAGAGCUCUCCGCUCACUCUCCUCAAAGGGAAGCUCCACAGGAGGCCGCUGUCUGGGAACAUACAAAUCCAAAGGUGUAAAGCUGGGAAGCACCGAUCUCACUGGCGAGGUAG